UUCAGAAGUAGCCUAAAGAAGAAGAAAAAAGAGUCCUGCCCUUUCUGAAGAUUUCCUGUUUCAUGAAAGUGCAUACAUACUGUCUGACUCAUAUGCGGCAAAUUCUGACUGCACUAUUUACUUUAACCUCGGGUUCCUUGAGACGCAUGAGAGCAACAGGCAGACGGAAAAAUCAAUCCGAAGAACGUCUCGAAUUAAAGUCUGGAUAUUUACUAUAAUCAAGCUGCUAGUAAAUGAAAAGAAGAGUAGUUUGUAAUCCGUCUUUAAAUGGAGCUACUUCGGGUUUCUGCUUUCUGGUGUGGAACGAUACUCUUUGGUAGUGUUCUGCUAGAACAGAUGGGGCCCUCGUCAAUGAACAUGCUGAAGCUGAAGCGUCUGUGUAAGUUCUGUGACGUGGAGUCUACCAGCUGCGCGGGCACAGGGAGCUGUAUGGCCGACUGUAGCAUCACAUCCAUCUGCCCCCAUCCAGAGGAUGUGUGUGUCAGCAUCUGGAGGAAGAAAGACGACAACGUCACCAUAGACACGAUAUGCCACAACCCAGCCCAUAAGCUGCAUGGUCUGGUGCUGGAGGACUAUAACAACAGCAAGUGUGAGAUGAGGGAGAGGAAUGGCAUGGGCUCCCAGUUCUUCAUCUGCUCUUGCUCCGAGGACGAGUGCAACAACCAUGUGUUCUUCACUCCCUACUCUCUUGACCCCCAGGUGGUGUCGGUGAUCCUGGUCAGCCUGGUUCCUCUGCUGGUUCUGGCCAUGCUGGUCAUCACAUCCUUCUAUUGGUACCGCAUCUACCACCAGCGCCACGCCGGUGCCAAGCGCAAGAAGACGCCUCUCGACUUCAGCGACGCCCGCGCCAUCAUGAUGGAUGACGAUGGCUCGGACAGCAGCUCCACGCACGCCAACAACCUCAACCACAACACGGAGCUCCUCCCCAUUGAGCUGGACGCCCAGGUGGGCAAGGGCCGCUUCGCCGAGGUCUACAAGGCCAAGCUGAAGCAGGGCGCCACGGGAGCCGGUGAGCCCUUCGAGACCGUCGCCGUCAAGAUUUUCGCCGAUGAAGAGUAUGCCUCGUGGAAGAACGAGAAGGACAUCUUCUCGGACGCUGACCUGCGCCACGAGAACGUCCUGCACUUCCUGACAGCGGAGGAACGUAAGGUGGAGAAACAGUAUUGGCUGAUCACGGCCUACCACCCCCGGGGCAACCUCCAGGAGUACCUGACGCGUCACGUCAUCAGCUGGGACGACCUGUGGGCGCUGGGCGGGUCUCUGGCGAGAGGCGUGGCCCACCUGCACAGUGACCACACGUUGUGUGGACGCUACAAGGUGCCAAUCGUCCACCGGGACAUCAAGAGCUCCAACAUCCUGGUGAAGGGGGACCUCACCUGCGUCCUGUGUGACUUCGGCCUGGGUCUGCGUCUGGACAACUCGCUGUCCGUGGACGAGCUGGCCAACAGUGGACAGGUGGGCACUGCCAGGUACAUGGCCCCUGAGGUGCUGGAGUCCAGGAUCAACCUGGAGAACAUUGAGUCGUUCAAGCAGACAGAUGUCUACUCCAUGGCCCUGGUACUGUGGGAGAUCACCUCCAGGUGCAAUGCCAUUGGAGAGGUAAAGGACUACGAGCCCCCAUUCGGUAAGGUGAGGGAGCACCCGUGUGUGGAGAGUAUGAAGGACAGCGUACUCAGAGACAGGGGACGACCAGAGAUCCCCAGCAGCUGGAUCAACCACCCAGGCAUCCAGGUGGUGUGUGGCACGAUAGACGAGUGCUGGGACCACGACCCCGAGGCCAGGCUGACUGCACAGUGUGUGGCCGAACGCUUCAAUGACAUGGAGCACCCAGACAAGCUGUCUGAACGCAGCAACUCAGAGGAGAAGAUCCCCCAGGACAUCUCUGUGACGGAGUUUGAAGAGAUUGAGAAGAAGGAAGUAUGCCUCAGAAACUACAAUGCCCCUGCCGAGGAGGCUGAGAACUACAAUCAACCAAGCAGCUGAGAGAGAUUUAAGUGGAGAGUCUCUUUGUAUAUGCUCCGUUUAUUUGUCCUGCUUGUGACUCCAAGGAACAAACAGAUUGGCUGUUGUGUGUCAUGGAUGUAAAAGGGAACAAAACUGAACAAUCCAAUCAGCAAGGAAUUUAUCUUUUUUUAUUUUUUAUAUUUACAGCAUUUUCUCCAAAGACGGAUUAAAGCCAUGACUGGACUGGUGAAAAUAUAAAGCCCUCUUAACUAAAUACUGUUCGCACUUUAUCAAUAGCUAUGCAUACCAAAUGAUGUACAGUACCAGUCAAAGUUGACACACCUACUCA